CGGGGUUUCUGCUACUAGCCAGAUCUUUAUUCCUCACUCAACUCACCUUCCUGCUCCCUGCAACUUCCUAUCCACAAACCUCCGCGCUCUCGUAGACUGCUGGUUCUCACCCACUGUCCCUACUGUCUUCAUCCGACUAUCGCCAUCAUCGAUUGUCCCUAGGGGACUCCACCGUUCUCAAAUCUUAGCUUGUUUAGCGCGCUGGCUCAACUUCGCCUUGCACGACUCAACCCGCACCUAGCCGGCUCCUGAUCACACACCUCUCCCAGGCGAAAGCUUGGAGAUUACCGCUUGUGGUACAUCGCCACCGGCCUUGACUGACUCCUCUGCAUUGCAUGGUCCCGGCCCUGGCCGCUGGACAAGAUGGCAAUGCCCAGCAUGGGGAGCGACUUCCAGCUCUUCUCCCCUAAUAACAACAAGAGGAAUUCAAGAGACUCACAGGCCGAGUCCAUGUCCUUCGCCCCGUCCUCCACAGACGAGGCUACCCAGGAUUGGACACAAUGGAUGCGAUGGGAUGAUCAAGGCUUCGCGGAGGGCGUCAAAGAGCUCUCCCAGUCACCCUUCGACUUAGCAUUCACCUCACCCAACACAUCCACGGGCAACCCCAGCACCGGUUUCCUCAACAAAUCCGAAUUCUCUCCCGACAUCUCUCUCGACUGCACUGGUCUACCCUUUGACUCAUUCUUUGAUCGCGGCUACAAUAGCAUGACCAACUCCAAGGGCGACUCGAGCGGAGCAGAGAUGCCCUCUACCCUGUCGACGGCAGCAUGCUCACCACUGUCACCAGACGGGAUCACUCGAAAGCGCAAGUCGGGCAGUGACGAUGACGGCUCAACCGUGAGUGGCAUCAUGCCAACCGGGAAGAAAAUGCCGGCCAAGAAGCGAGCCCACAAUGUCAUCGAGAAGCGGUACCGCGCCAAUCUCAACGACAAGAUUGCCGAGCUGAGAGACAGCGUGCCUAGUCUGCGAGCCUCAAAGAAUGCAGCCGGCAACAUGAUCGAUGAUGACGAAGGCGAGGGCGUCACUCCUGCCAGCAAGCUCAACAAGGCGUCCAUCCUAUCAAAGGCCACAGAAUACAUUCGCCACCUGGAAAUCCGCAACAAACGACUCGAAGAGGAAAACACCGCCCUCAAGAAUCGACUACGUCUCGCAGACAAGGCUGCCGAGCAAAUGAUCACAUCCGCUGCCUCCGUUUCAUCGCCCAGCAACUACACCGAGUCCGGGGCAAGCUCAUCCCCGAGUGUGUUCUCACAGGUUGAGGAUUCACCCAGUGAUCAUUCUCCCACAUCGCUGCAUCCGCCCGAAGGGAUGAUGAAGGUGCCGGAUGCCUUCAAGCGUCUCCGGGACGAGGCAGCUGCCAAGAACAACGCUUUCUCCCAGUCGUACAUCCAGUAUCCCAGCGGCAGCGGCAGCAGCAGCAACGGAGCCACGCAGAGUGGCGGAGGCCGGAAACGGUCGUACUACCCCAACAAGUAUAUGCUUGGCGCUCUCGCUGGCCUCAUGGUCAUCGAGGGCUUGGGCAGUGAAAAGGAAUCUGACUCGACCGCCAAGGGACUGCUAGCGGUGCCCGUCAACUUGUUGAGCAGCGGCCUGCAAAAUCCGACCUUCAAGUACUGGCUGGCGAUGGCCCGCAGUUUCUGGUACUCAUGGCACGCCCGAGCCAUCUCGCAUUUCCUCAUCCUUGCCACCCUGGUCGUCGGUAGCGCAUUCGUGGUCUUUGUCUACCUCUUCAACGCCGGGCCCAAACAUCAACCAGGCUCGUCCAAGACUGCGGUCAUGUCCGAUGCCUCUCUGUCUUCAUCAAGCUUCCGACGCCAAGCAUGGUUGACCAGCAUUCAGCAAGUCGGCGUUCCCCGCCACCGGUUUUUCCGCGAGUGGUAUGUGGUGACUUCGCGCUGUUUCGAGUAUGUGCUACGGUGUCUUCUGGGCUGGAAGCUGUACUCUUCCAUCACCGGAGUUACCGUGGAGGACGACAAGGGUCGAGUGAAGUCAUGGGAUAUUGCCAUUGAUGCACAGCUGGCUGGGGGCGAUCCCGAGAUCAGCAAGAGCCGACUGGUACUCACCAUUUUCGCGGCAGGAACCUUGCCUCGCAGUCCAAUGAGGAUGAUGCUCAAGGCACUGCAUUGCCGUAUCUUACUCUGGCGAGUCGGUGUUCCCGGAUCGUGGACGUUUCAAGUCUCCAACGAUGUUGCUCGAUCGUUAGCAGGCUACCAAUGGGAUCUUGCCCGAAAAAUGCACGCAGCUAUGCCGAAAGAUCAUCCCGAUGCGCUGCCCAGUCAUUUGGCUGCUUUACUGCAGCUCGACUGCGAUGAGGUCAUGAUUGACACUGUCGUGCAGCGAGCCGCCAAUCUCACCUGGAACCGCUCCCCCCAAGAGGGGGCUGAUGACGAUGAGGCCCUACUGGAUGUUGUGGAGGAAGAUCCAGCUAUUCGAUCCUCCCUCGACGCCCUUGCAGCCUGGUGGUCAAGUCACAUCUUGCAGCGCGCACUGCUUCGAUACUUUGAGGCUAGCUCUGGUGGGCCUGAUGCGAAGAAGAGCCGUGAUUUGUUUAAGACCAAGAUCAAGAUCGCUUUGGACGUCGCUCCCCAGCCGUCUGCCGCUCAUACCCGCGCUUUGGUAAUGAAGGCGGUCUUCUUCGACCAAGACCGUGCCGCGAACAUCGGGGCGGUCCUGGCAGCGCUACCCAAGGACAAAGGGAAGAGUAAGCAAAGUCAAGUGUGCAACUUCCUAGAUUCGUCACUCCCAGUCUCGGUGCGGGAUGAGAUCGCCAUAUCCGUCCGCUGUGCCAUGAUUGCGGCCAUCUUUACGGCACGAAUCACGGGUGACACCUCUCUCCCCGCAACUUUCACCAUCCAGAAAGCCAUCACAUGGUUCAAUCAGCUACCCCUCGAUCCUGUGGAUUUGACCCUUAUCGGAUUUGCCUCGGUCUACCAUCUGUUGCAUGUUCUGGCUUCAGACACUGAUUACCUCUCUUCUUCUGAGUCAUCGCCCUCGACCCCCGCGUCCAGAAGCUCGACACCGUCGUCGCUUUGCUCCGAUGACGAAGCUCACGACAAACCCCGCUUCUCCCCGAAGCAACCCGUUUCGCCUCAGUCCAUCCCCAACCUGAGCCGUGUUGCAUCCGAGCUGAUGUACUGGGCACGCAAUGCCUACAACCCCGCAUUCUACGGUUUCACCCCUCAACUGGUGAAGGUGAUUGAGAAUGAAUGCACAUCACUAUGCCGUAGUGCUGGGGUCGACGUGGCCGACUAUUCGUCCGUUCGGGCUGCGAAGACCAAAGCCAAGCAGGUCAAGGAAAAGAAGAAGAAGAGACACUCCAGGCGGGCUUGACUUGCCACGUGCUCCGGGAGUGCAAGGGAUCCAAAGGAUGCCUCUCUCAAAGCUAUUUUGUCGGAGCUUGGGUCUUCCCCAUCUAUGAUGGCAGGGCCUGCGGCCUGGAGCCAAGCAGUUGCUGGAUGAUGGGAACUUGCAUU